AUGAACGCCACAUUUCAUUCUUCGUUUAUUUUUAACCAUUUUUAUAUGAUGAUGCGGCAUUGUCAAAACAAAAAACACGUGUACGAGAGGGCGCUUGUGCUUAUGUCUGUGCAUCCGAUCAAUAAAACGAAUUCUAUACUAUACCGGGAACCAACACUUCCCCCAUCCUCUUUAGUGUCUAUUUCUACGUUGUCUGCGCUAGUGAAAAUGUUUCAUCUACUCAUCUUGUUUAUAUCAUCGUUUCCACUUUUUCCUCUUGUACUUGCAUUCUUUCUAAUAACUGGUUUGUGGAAAAAGUUUAAGCCUGAAAAGACAUCCAAGAAAUUUAUACCAACUCUGAAAUGCUCUCCCGUGUUAUUUUUCUAUUUUAUGAUGGCAGGCAUGAUAAAAAGACUUCAUUAUGGUUUAAAUUAUGUUUUAUGUCUUAUACUCAACCUUGCAUGUGGAUUGUGCAUCCUAUUUGAAAAAGAACGAAUUUUUCAAGCGACUAUUUCUAUGAAAGCUUUUGUGAUUUUCUUCAAACCGGAAACUGUUGAGGUUGUAUUAAGUAGUAAUGUUACUAUUGACAAAGCCAAUGAAUAUGACUUUUUGCACCCAUGGCUUGGAACUGGUCUUCUUACUAGCACCGGUAAAAAGUGGCGUUACCGAAGAAAACUAUUAACACCGACUUUUCACUUUCGAAUAUUAGAAGAUUUUGUGCCUGUAUUUUCCGAUCAAUCGCAUAUUCUUGUUUCACGUCUUCGUAAACUUGAGAAAGAUUCAUGGAUUGAUGUUGUUCCUCUGAUUACUUCUUGUACUUUAGAUAUUAUUUGUGAAACAGCCAUGGGAGUAAGAAUAAAUGUACAAUCGGGCGGAUGUAAAGAGUACGUUCAAGCUAUUCACGAAAUCGGGAAUAUAUUUUUAUUCCGAAUCCUGAGACCUUGGCUUUACCCAAAUUUCAUUUUUAAAAUUACACCAUCUGGUAGGAAAUUUUUCAAAAAUGUAGAUGUUAUUCAUCGCUUUACUAGAAAAGUUAUAAAAGAAAAGAAGUCUGAAAUGUUAGAAAAUAAUCAAUUAACGAAAGAGUGGGACGUAAUUCUCAAUGACAGUCCUUCAAAUACAAAACGUCGCAGAGCUUUUCUGGAAUUACUCUUAGAGCAUCACAUUAACGAUCCAUCCUUUACGGAAGAAGACAUUAGAGAAGAAGUAGAUACUUUUAUGUUUGAAGGACAUGAUACAACAGCUAUGGCAAUUUCUUGGGCAUUAUAUUUCGUUGGACUAGAUAAACUCGUGCAGAAAAAAAUUCAGGAAGAAUUGGAUGAAAUAUUUCAAGGUGAUAAUGAAAGAGAAAUUGAACGUGAUGAUUUAGUGCGUAUGAAGUACUUGGAGUGCGUCAUUAAGGAGACUCUUAGAUUACAUCCUUCAGUGCCUUUCAUAGGUAGAGAAGUUAGAGAAAACUUUAAAGUGUUGGACUACGAAAUCGAAAAGGGGAGUGUUUGCUUUAUAUUUCCAUUUAUGCUUCACAGAGAUCCCGAAUCAUUUCCUGAUCCAGAAAAGUUCGACCCUAAAAGAUUUUUUCCCGAAAACAUAACUGGGAGACAUCCAUAUGCCUUUGUGCCUUUCUCAGCCGGUCCAAGGAAUUGUAUUGGUCAAAAAUUUGCUUUAAUGGAAGAAAAGACUGUGCUCGCAAACAUAUUUCGAUCUUUUGAAGUAUCAUCCAAAGACCCCAGAGACAAAGUCAGUGUUACUCCUAGUCUCGUCGCUCGGAACCUUGAACCACUCAUGCUACAAUUCACACCCAGAAAUACAAGAUGAAUUUCAAUUAGGACAACUAUUGCUGGAUAGUACUUUAAAAUGGCAACAAAAUGUCACUUAUCAGGUGAGAAACGGAUUUAAGACGGUACUGAUGUAUUUGCGAGAUCGAUUGUAAAGAUGAAAUUCAUUUUGCGAAUAUUUAACCUUCUCAUUAAAAAAUAAAAAAAUCUAUGUAUAAGAGUUUCGUGCAAUUCUGUUAACGGUUCAUCUAUUGCCAAUAUAAGUAAUUAUAUAUUUUACUCUUUAUGCAUUACCUGACAAACUCAGACCUGUACUAAUUCGUAAAAUGAAUGAAAUUUUCUUGCUUGUAUGCAUUGAUUCAUGUUUUUUUUACUUUGUAAAAGGAAUAAGUAAAUAAAAAACAAACAACACAUGAUAAAUUAGGAAACAAUGCUUGCAUGUACUUAAAAGACAAGUGAAAAUAAAAAAAGACUAGUUGAAUAAACUAUGAUUAAAAUUUAAUGCAUUGUUUAAUUGUGUACUAGCAAUAGUUUUUCUUUUCUGAUGUAGUUGUUGGCGAUUUUUUCAUGCAGAAAUAUAUUGAACCCACCUAACUUCGCGAUCUCUUCGGAGGUAUUGCUCGUAAAAAUUGAUUGGCGAUGACUCAUUUGUAGACCAGUGCUCUCAAAAUGACACAGUUCAAUCUAUACGUUAAAAUUUUUAUUUUAAAUGCAUCUUUAAAUUUGUUAUUUUUUAAACUAUUAUAUUUCACAUUUUAAGUUUUUUUUUUUUAGCUUUUCGAAAAAUAGCCAGAACAUGUUAUUUUUAAAAUCAUAAUUAUUUUUUAUUAAAAAGUUACUAUCAUAUUUUGGGUUGCUACAUUGUAAAAUGUAUCAUCUUUAAAUAAACGCUGGUGCAACAACCCUCUGUAAGUUAGUUAUCAUUUCAUAUGAUUGUCUUAAGUACGUAACGUUGACGUUUAAGUCAUGUAUAGCAUUACAUUGCAGUGAUGCUAUUGCAUAAUAUUAUUUUCAUAUUACAUGUGAUAUCAAAGUUUCUUCAUUCAUACUUGAUUCUCAUUUUAAAAUCUUUCAUUUAAAUUGAUUUUAACUACCACUACACGUUAAUUAGUCUAAAGUUAUGACUAUUGUACUCUGAAGGUUACUCAAGCAUAAAUUGCUUGCUUGCUUGCUUAUAAAGCCACUUCAAUUAGCAUUUCACGACCACUAGAAAAAUAAUUUUUUAAUAACUGCAGAAGUAGGCAGGUACACUAUUUUACCUACGUUUAAAGAAUCAAUGCCCUAUGCUCCCACCCUGUAUGAAUGUAACAAUUUCUGUAUUAACUGAAUAUGCAAGUUAUGAUAAUAUUCAGUAUUUGUGCUUAGUCAUAUUUAUUUAUAUUUUGUUUACAUCAUGUAUUUCGAGCUUCAUUAUUGUUCUGGGUUUGAAUUGUAUUUUUUUGUUUUGAAUGCCAUGUGAUUAAUGAUUUAUGCACUUCUAUUCUUUUAAGCACUGUUCAUAUGACAAAUCAAAUAUUUGCUGUGAUGUUUGAAUAAGAUUUGUUUAUAGUAAGAGGGCAUUUAAUAAAUUUAUGUGUGACUGUU